UUCACGUGUUUAUUUCCAGACUUGGCUGACUGAAUUAUUUUCGUAUUUUAGAAAUAUCUCGGUUUUUAAGGUACACAUGGUGUCGCAAUAAAUUGGAACAACGAAAACAUGGCAGAAGAAAUUUAUAUUGAACUAACAAAACGAUGUACGCCUGUGACUAAGAACGAAAUCGCGUAUUUAUCAUGGCGAAACUCCAUGCUAACUAUACGUAAAAGUAAACGUUUAAACUUCCUCGAAUAUGCGUACAAUUUGGAGUGUUUAGAUAAAAAUCUGGACUUCAAUGAGAGUGCUUUGAGCAGUCCUACGACCAGCCCUGCCACAGAAGUAUGUAAAGCAAAUUUUUUGAAGUCAGAAAUGAGAAACGCUGAUUUCACGGAUAUGUUGCUAGAUUCAGCGUUUUGGCCUCACAAUCAAGCUCUUACCCAAGAAAUGACAAGUAUUACUAUGUGCAAGUGGUCUCCACAAGAGUUCCUGAAGAGUAAUUCUGUUCUCGCUGUCUUAAACAAUAUUGGAGGCGUUGAAUUCUUUAUCAAAGAUAGAAUAGUAUGGAAAAGCAUUAUGAACUUGUCACCUUACAUCACAAAACUUUUAGCGCACAAUAAAAAGCCAGGAUACUUCGAAGAACUUAAGGAAUCCGUUUAUAUUCUAGAAACAUCUGCUAUAUGCUGGGCACCGGAGUUAAAUUCCGAUGAUUCUUGCUGCUUUGUCACUGCGCAGAAGAAUGGCAUUCUUCUUUUUUGGCAAUUAUUUAGCAGUAUGAAUGAGCCACAAAUAAUUGGAUAUAUAACAACAAAUAUGGAAGACAUGAGUGUCAUAAGAUGGAUACCAAAAUCUGACGAUAGCUUUUUUAUCAUUGGCACAAAUCUUUCAGGACAAAUAAUAGCUUUUGAUUUGAAAUUAGAAAAUGAUGGCAUAAAGCUUCUAAAAACCUGUCCUCUUUGGCCACAUAAAGACAGAAUGGCAGCUGUGACCUUCAAAUAUUUAAAAAUGAACAAUAAAAUAAUUUUCAUCACUAGCAAGCAUAGACAUUUGUUAGUACAAGCCAUUGAUUAUGAUGGCAACAUUCUAAGUCAAUAUUUAAAUAAUAUCAAUGAUCAUCGAAUAUCAGACAUUGUCUAUACCUGUGAUGGCAUUUACGUAGCAGUUGUAAACGUCACAAUUUACAAAGUAAAUGUUACUCUAUCCGAUGCCAAUUUAAAUGUGGACCUUGUUCCGGUAGUUAUUAAGAACCCUUAUCCUUUGUAUGAAUUGUACAGUCUACGGUUCUCACCGAACAAUUUGAUAUGUGCAUUAGCAAUGGUUGAACGUAAAGUACAAGCCAGAAAAGAACCUCUUAAGUUAGAAAUAAUAUUUAUUUGCAAAGAAAUAAAACCAGAAACCAUGCUGGAUACAUUAUUAUCCAAUCCAACCAAAAAGUUGACGCACUAUUGGGAUUAUGUAGAAUUAUUGCGAUUCCAAAUUACCAAGUUAAAGUGGAGGCCGAAAUGGGAUUUUAAUGAGCUUUAUGCAUCAGGAGCACAUGAUAUUUAUAAGCUUAAAAUCUAUUUAAUCCUCCUUACAUACAUAUCAGGGUUAAAAAAAGUGUUACGCUUAGUCGAUGUGACAUUACCAGAGACUUCCAUGGACAUUGUGAAAGAAAAAAUCCUCUAUUUACAUGCAAAACAGUUAUUAGACAGUUUAUAUACCAAAUGUCAAAACGAGGGGCAAUUGAACGAUCUAGAUAUGGAAUCUCUUUACGGUACAAAAAAAUAUUUGGAAUAUUAUGUAAAGAAGUAUAAAACGGACAAUGAAUUAGAUCAAAAUGUAUUAAAUGCAUUAGAAAAUUCCUGUGAUUAUGUCUGUCAGUGUUGUGAUGACAAAAUUGAAGGGUUUACGUGUAAGAGUGGACAUAUAAAUAUGUUUUGUAUGGCAACUUUUACUCCUAUUUGUUCGGAUGAUUAUUUAAUGUGUCAGUGUUGCAAUGCUACAUCAAGGGCUGAUUUAGAAAUUGAAAAUCCUAUAUGCGUGUUCUGUGAUUUGUAUUUAGUUAAACCUGAUUAAAAGGAUGUUUAGAACGAA